AUGGAGUACUUACUGCAAGUGAAGCUGGGCUGCCUGUUCGGGCUCCUGCUGCUCACUCUGUUAUUUGGGUUAGGCCCCUCCACACUGAAAUGCUUCCGAAACGCAGCCGGGAGGGGUAAGUUCUUAAAAUAAGAAGAAUGUAAUCAAACUAUCAACUAGUUAUGUUAGAAUAAUUUUAAGAAUUUGGGUGUUUUUUGUUUUUUGUUUUUUUUAUCUUGUUUAGUAGAAACUGGCACUAGUGUACAGUAGUUAUUAAUAAACUAAUAUCUGUGUUCUGUCCUGAUACUUUGUUCAGUUCACUAUAAUCACUGUUUUCUCGGAAUGUCUGGGGUCAGGUUUUUGUACAUUCACAUACCAAGCUACAUCAUAUGCUCUGACAAUUUUUGUGUAGAUUCAGUCAUCUGAUAUGUGGAACAAUGCUCUCUUAUCCCAUACAUGGAAAGACUGCCAGUAUGCAACUUUCCUGACCUAAUUCUUGUCACAAAGUAGUUAUAUUAUGUUCAGCAUUUUAGAUAUGCUGGCACUUAAUAUAUAGUGUCAUUUAUUUUGUAGCCAUUUCUGCAACACUUUUGCACAUGUAAAGAGCUUGCAAUCUAAACUGUACUCUAACUAAAAGUGGUAUAUUAAAUUUUUAAAAAAAAAAAAAAAAAAGGUUAAGAUUUAAGUUUACUAUAGAUGUAGAAUCAAGGUUAUUCACUAAACUUUGAAUUGUAACGUACUACAUUCUGAAUGGUAAAUGUGAGUCUAAAAUAGAUUAACUGUGAUUGAUUUAUAGCUGAGCUGGGAAAUAUUUCAUAAUCUGUUAUGUUAGCCUAAAUUUUGUUUGGAUUUUAAAUUUGCUUCAUUUUUGGAUUUGGGUGUAUUGAUGCAAAUUAAAAGUGAAAUUCAAGCCAAAAAUAACAGUUGUAUCUAUGAAAUUGAUGGAAUCGUAAAAAAGCCUUUUUUAGAGAAGAGUUUUGAAGGGAGUAUAUGAAGAUAGAUCACAAGGUACUGAGUAAGUAGAUGAAGCACGUACUAUUUAAAAAAAAAAAAAAAAAGCCCUAAACUUUGUUCAGAAGUAGAUUAUCUAGAGAUGAGAAAAGCCUUAUCUUAGCAUUUUGUAUAAUAUUUUUUUUUUUGUGUCACAUGGUUGUUGGGAAGACGGCAAUAGUCACGAUAGGAGAUAAUGUGGAAGUUAACUGUUUGAAUUUUUUUUUUUUUUUGAGUAUAGUAUCGUUGACAGAACACAAGGAUGUUUUGUUUUUUUUCUUCAGUAUCCAACUAAGAUCCUAAUCAUUACCCCAGUUGUUAUGAUUAUGUUGGCAGGAGUCCCUCGAUGCUGUCUUACAUUACGUAGUCAAAUUAUUUUAUACUUACCUGGGUCCAGCCUCCUUUUAUAGGUUAUUUAAAAAAAAAAUUUUAAAAAAAAAAUAAUAAAAAAAAAUAAAAAAAUUCAGUGCUUGUAUAAACUGAUUACAGUCCAAAGGCAGCUCAAUCACCAAGUAUGGGGUCCUAUCCGAUAGAAAGCUGGGUAAAAUAAGAGGUAGGUGUAGCGCCUAGAUUGUCCUUGUGGUGGUAUAUGCAACAACAAAAAGAAGAAACAGAAGGAACCAAUAGUGUAAUAUGUAAAAACUAUUUAGAAUAUUGGUGAAGUAAUAAUGUGCACUCACACUUUUGUGGAGCUUCAAUUCAGCUCCAACUUGUAUGUCUGGGUGGAUUAAUCCUUGCCUAAGGAUAAUGUUGAUUCUUCGCAUAGAAUCAGCACUGCACUAUAUCCUUUGGCUGGGAUUAUUCUGCCCAGGCAGGCAAAUUGGAGUACAUAUUACACUAUUGACUACACAUUUUCUGUUUCAAAUUAGAUGUAUGUGUGUAUAGAUUUGUAGCUGUAUUAGUCCAGUGAUGAAUGGUGUCUAUUUUCUAUAAAACCUGUGUCUUAUCUGCACUCAUGUCGCUUUAACCCCUGUAUCACAACUCAACUUUGAAUUCUAUGUGUCGUCUUGCUCAGAAAUGCUUCAGACUUGAGAAAGGGAAGUUCUCCCGAAAGCUUGUCAUUAAAAAAUUGUUAGUCCAAUAAAAAAAAGGUAUUACAAGAUAUGAAUUUUAUAUGUUUUUAUUGUGUGUGUGUGUGUGUGUGUGUGUGUGUAUAUAUAUAUAUAUAUAUAUAUAUAUAUAUAUAUAUAUAUAUAUAUAUAUAUAUAUAUAUAUAUAUAUAUAUAUAUAUAUAUAUACACUUUAACUCAACUGGCCAGUUAUUUAUUUAUUUAUUUUUUUUUAAUACAACCUUUUGAAUUGUGCAUUACCUAUUUAAAAAAAAAAAAAAAGAAGGGCUGCUUUCCUGCUGGGGAGUCUGAUGUGCGUUUCACCCCUAUGCUGAACUCAUCAGGAGGACUCCUGAGAAAUUUGACCGGCAAGUGAAGCGAAACGUGCACCAAAUUUAGACUGAGAGAACAGCCCUUGGUGUUUAACAUGGUUUUUUUUUUUUUUUUUUAAAGUAUACAAUUCACAAGCUCUAAUUUAAAACACUUUGACUGGUCCACCUGAUAGUCAAUAAUGACUCUGACCAGCAGAGGUAAAGAUUUAGCCAUUAGACUCUUUUUGGGACUGAACAAAUGUGACGUUUUAACAUUCAUUUUAAUAAGACAAAUGGUUUUCCCCUUAAUAUUACCAUAUCUAAAAUGGGGGGAGAGGAGGGUCAGACUAGAAGCACCUCAGGAGACCAGGUAAGUGUCAAAGCACUUGAAAGCUAUUUGACAUCUUUUAGGAUCAUGUCAGUUAUGGCACGAUAACAACCACAACAUCAAGAUUUGGUUGUUAUGUGGAUGAAAUGUAAGGAGCGACCAGCCAUGAAACCAAGCACAUUAUCAGAUAAGAGGGAGAGGUGUACCAGCUCAUUAAUCACAGUUGUGAAAGAUCUUUGUCUCUUCUGACAUUCAACUGUGCACAACUUAAGUGUUAGUAAUAUCCUGCGUUGCUUUCUUUACAUAGUUUGUGUUAGUACUACACACGUGUUGUUGGAGGUAAUGACAUUCUUUCCAAAUAAUUGGCAGUACACCAAAUGGCCAAAUACACAGCUUGUCAUAUCAUGAAACAUUCAGAUACUCAGAAAGCAUUGCACGGCUAAUUCAAAACUGCUUCACAAAAGGUCCAAUGAUUACAACACUAGAGAUUUGGUUCUACAACCCUGUAAAACAAGCAUACAAAUAGGAUAAAGCCGUUCAGGCUGAAAAGCUCUGGAUUGUACUGUAAGUACACGGAACGAUUGGAAAAGUAACAAUUCAAAUUGGGGAAAAAAAAGCCUGUUCGAAAAUGUAAUUAAAUUGCAUACCUGUUUGUGUCCUGUAACCUUUUGUUCUGCAAAUAAGAAAUGCACAGGUUAGUUUUGUACAGACAUCCUUUAGUAUUCCUUUGUGUCUUUAGUGCAACUCACUUCAACCUAUGCCAUUCAGUUAUCAAAAGGAAAACAAUCUCAGGCACUCACUGUGAUGAUUUCAGGCAGAUUUGUGAGUGCCUGAGAUUUCUUUCCUUUUGAUAUCUGUUUUAUGAGGUAUGCUGACCCAUACUCAGUCAGCACCCUGUGGUUUAUUUGAUUGAGUGCAACUUUUUUUUUUUUUUUUUUGAUCCAGUCUAACAGUGUCAGUAAUGUAGCCCAUCCCUUAAACAUCUGGCCUUUUAAACCUUGCCACUGAAAUUUGAUCUUGAAAAUUCAAAUUUAUGGAAUCCAUGUAUUAGACCAGGGUUAGACUACAUCUCCCCUAAUGCUUUGCCACCAUUAUGGUUGUAAGUGCUUUGUGAGUGCUGAAGGUGGCCUAUCCCUGAAAUAGACCAUAGUUGAGACUUAAUGUACCCUUUGUACAACGCUACGGAAUCUGAUGGCGCUAUAUAAAUAACAAAAUAAUAAUAAUGGGACAUUGUAACUGCUUUGGCACAUGUAGUGUUGGUGUCUAGAGUACCCUAGCUCCAUCUUCCCAUUCAGUGUUAAACCAUUUUUAGGGUGUUUAAUGUGAAAAGCAGCUCAUGUGUGGUGAUGGCGCAAAUGAGACAUCAUUAAGCGGCUGUGUUUCCCUGAGAGUGUCAGCUGACCACUCUGUCUCACAGUGCUAUUGCUGGUAUUUGUUUUGGCUAGAAGGAAUUGUGCAAUUUCUAUUUUAGCCCUUCUGCCAGUGGGAGCUGGGCAGUGGGUGGCCAGGGAGCCUUAUUUAAUGUUAAACCGCUCAAGAAUGUUCUAACACUGUAUGGAGAGACAGUACCUGGGUACUUCAGGCAUUGUAGACAAUUCAAUUUAAUUACAUGGUUAGUGCCUAUAGUGGUCUUUAAAACUCAUGAUGCAAAGAUAGUUGUCACAUAUGACUUGGUUAUACAGGUUGACAAAAUAGUUUAUUGACUGAAUUAGCUUUGCCUAUUGAAGGAUCUGAGAAUUUUUUUUUUUCCAGAUUGUCUUUGUGCUUAAUCUUGAAGUUUAGUAAAUAAACCUCUAUAUAUACUUACUUUUUUUUAAUUUAUUUUUUCUUAAAUCUCAAUCUAUACAUGGUUAUACACAGAAUAAAAUGUUUGUGCCAAGUACCCAUGGAAAACAAUGACUGACUAAUCCCAGCCAAAGACAUAGUUUGUCUCUGCAGUUCCAACCGCCCAGACAAUGAAUGAAGCCUUAUGAUCACAGUCUAUAAACCUCAUACAUUGUGCUGGUAAAUGUUGGCAUUGUGGGAAAUACUAAGCUUCCUAGGGUCCUUGUUGCUCAGUAAGACUCUCUAAUUUAGUAUUUGGUAGAAAUAUAUAUCUUGCCUGUCUGGUAGUUUAUUAAUGGUGACAUUACACAUUUUUCUGGUAAAUUGUGGAGAGAAAAAAAAGAACCCUGAAUUUACUUCAAGUAGACUUAUUCAGGCUUAAAGGUUUUCUAUAACCCUCUUGAAGACUCUUCUUUUUAGGCUUAAACUAUUAGUCUUUAGACUUAAAAAAUAAAUUAGUAAGGAGGCUCAACCACAUUCAAACCUGCAACAACAAAAAUAAAAUCUCCCUGCGCUGGUCUCCAGUCCUAUGUCCGACAUCAUCCCUGAAUUUGUGCGGUCUAAUCAAACGCAUGAUUCUCAAUUGGACUGUUUGGCCAGCUCAGAGUGUGAAGUGAGGAGGGGAAUAAGUGGUGAUGGUGGUUGGAGUAACCCUUUAAUUUAGAUGCUGCUUAAUGCUUGAUAACAUCUGGUUUACUCCAAAACAUUUUAAUUGAAUUACUACAGUUUUUGUUUUCUAAAUUAACGUUUUUAGCAAAUCCUAUCGAACACCAAAACAGAUUUGCCUAUAUAGGUCUAAUCUCUGAAAGUGUGCCCAUUUCCUCCUCAUGAAUAUUCAAACGUGUAAUUUAAAAAAAUAAUAAUUCCAUGAUUAACAUGGUAGCAACAUGUUUUCUUUUAAUGCAUUUGUAUAAUAUGUAGAGAGAUUUUUAUCAGGGGUGAGAGCCGUUACAGGGGUUUUCAAUUUGUAUUUAUGUAAAUGGCUUAAUGUAGUUAUUUUCUUUGGUUUGGCAGAUAGUUAACAAUAUUCUCCUAAUCUGGAAGGGAUGAGGGUUCCAUUGCUCACAUUUUAUGCUGAUGAUUAGUUUGCAUCCCCAGGUGACUGUGUGCUACACGUGAUUGUAGGUCAUUUUGUAAGGAUGAGUCAUGGUUUCUUUCACAACAAACAUACGAUUUGUUGGAUAUUCCAUAAGCGGUUUAGGUGUUGAUAUUUCAUGCAUCGGGAUAAUAUGUAUCCAGAGGUAAACAAUGUUUUUGGACUAUGUACAUCUUUGGGAAAACAAACCUGACUUUUUUUACCAUGUCACAAGACAGUGUAGUGUUUUAAUACAAUAAAACAAUCUAAGAUGGAAUUGGAUCACACUUGUGCAUUAAAAUAAAUUUGACAACCCUAUGGAUAACUAUAGAGUGAAAACAUUACAGAAUCUCAGAUCCCACGGAAGGGCCGGCACUGAUUGAGGCACUGGGACUAACAAAUCAAUGCGCAACCACAACAUCAUGCCCUAGACAGGGAACAGUGGAGAGCAAAGAGGCCCCAGACCACAGGGGAACCCAAGAUGCUAUGACCUGACUCCACACCAACUACUGUCAACUCCUGUUGAAAAACUGGGACACUUCUAAUUCUACAGAUGGUUUCCUUACUCGUCCCAGUUAGUUCUACCCUUAGCCAUUAGACAAGUAACACAUACUCCGGAGCUCUAUCACCCCCGGGUUAUAAUCACACUACCCUCAACGGAGCUUCCUCACGACCCAAACAAUUCCGUACGGACACACACACCACUUCAGAAAUUGCCAUAGUCAGUACGGACAGACCAACUUUACGACUCUGUUUUCCAUAGACCCAUCCUAGCUACGCCUUAAUAAGCGAAGGCCCAAACUACACAUCUAGACCACCCACAACUAGAUUCAGAAUAGCGAGCCACCGCACAUAAAUACCUGGCUUAGUCCUAUACACGGGGAGUUCACCCCGGGAAUAGCAUCGGGACGUGGGCAACCAUGAAUACUAAAUCAAACACAUUAGACCCAGUACCCACUUCCCUCCACUAAAAACCAGGCCACGACAGCGUUGUUAGCGACCUCAGAGUAACACACACUCCUAAUAACAUAUGUCUACAUAUUGUUACAACCCACUAGCCUAGUCACAAACAAAAACAUGUGCUAAAUGUACUUUAACUAUGCCUUCUAUGUAACAUGUUAUGCUGUUGAAAAUAUACCAUGGCCAUUGCGGCAAUAAGUUUGUGUAAGCCUUAUAUUUUGCACUGAAAAUAAAGAAUUUAAAAAUAAAUACAUUUGACAAACUUCCUUAAACAAAUACUACAAGGGGCACAAUUUAGCCUUGGUUUACAGAGUGCCUUGGCACAAUCUCAGACAUGCACUAAGUUGGGGUGGCUUACCACUGGGGACAGGGGUACAGCAAUCCCCAUCCUGCCUGUCACUCUUUGUAUGGUGGCUGCGUGGGACCCAGUAGAGUACAUUUGGGUCUUGAAGGAAGGGAGCUGCAUCAAUUGGCCCCUUCCUUUGGAAAGAGAUUUGAUAACUGUUUGUAGCUAUGUGACUGUGUUGUAUCUGACUCUGUGUGUGCCUGUGACCAAAUGUGAGAUGGUGUAUGCAUCUUACUGUGUGUGAGACUGUAUGUAUGUGGUUGUACAUUUACGUGUGUUGUCUGUUUAUGUAACAGUGUGCCCAUGAUUGCAUGUCUGCGCAUGUACACUGAUCAGCAACAACAUUAAAACCACCUACCUAAUGUUGUGUGGGUCCCCCUCGUGCUGAGAAAGCCAUUCUGAUGCGUUGAGGCAUGGACUCAACAAGACCUCUAAAUGUGUCCUGUGGUAUCUGGCACCAAGACAUUAGCAGAUGAUCCAUUAAGUUGUGAGGUAUGGAUCGGAUUUGAUAUUCCAGUACAUCCUGCUCAAUCAAUCAAUCAAUCUUUAACAGUCAUGUUCUUCAAACGCAUCCUGCAACACUGCAAUAAUUGUUGAGGAAUAAUUUGUGACAGACCACCUGGUCACCUUGGACUGGUACAUGUCUCCCAGCCUCCACCUUCUCCUCCUAAAAAGAACUGUCACUAACACUUCUCGCCAGAUCAGAGGCAAGCAGUUAACUUGAACUUCCACCUAUCUUGGGCCAGCCACAUUAAUCUGGACGCUUUUGAACUAAGUGGGAGCGUUAAAGCUUCCUGGGGACAGUUGUAUAAGGAUGUGGGAACGGAAACCAAAGUUAUAGUAUGUUUUGUACCAUGGUGCCAAAGUGUCUGGUUGCUAAUUAAAUUACCAGCUCAGGUACAGACAGGUGCCAGGGAUGUCACAAUCCUAUUGUUCUCCCUAGGGACCUACUGUUGAGUCCCCAGGUAUAAACGGUGACCUGCUUUUCCCAAUAAUCAAAUUCUCGUUCAGCUUUCACUAAGUCUCUACUAAUGUUUGGGUGAGACAGCUCUACGCUUUGCAGAAGAGAGCUUAAUCAUUCUGGGGCUAUAACACACUGGCAAAGGGCGAUAAAGUUGGUAGUUACCCAGCUACUUGUUGGUAGGCAGCAACAACAUUAUCCUGCUGAAACAGGCCACUGCCAUCCGGAGACACCAUUUCCAUUAAAGGGUGAACAUAGUCUUCAACAAUCUCAAGGUAGGUGGUACAUUUUAAAGUAACAUCCACACGAAUGUCAGAACCCAAGAUUUCUCAGCAGAACAUUGCCCAGAGCAUAACCUCUACCUACUUCCCAUAGUGAAUUCUGCUGCCAUCUCUUUCUCGACACGCAUGCACCUGGCCAUCUGCCUGGUCUAUAAAAACAAACAAAAAAAACCUGAUUUAUCUGACCAGGCAACGUUUUUGUAGUUUAACAAUCUAGAAAAUAAGUGUUAAAGCGCACACACUGAUUAAAAUUGGUCCCUUUUUAAAAAUAAUUUAAUAGGUCUUUUAAAUAUAAAUGUCCUAUAUAACAUAAAUAGAAAAACACAGUGUAAUCUGUUAACAUUCCAGACACAGUAGUGGAAUAAAAUGUCACACUUUACAGAGCCCUUAAAGAAUGGCUCUGAACUGUAUCAGCAUUUCAUCUACCUUUUGGGGUAACUGGAAAUCGUAGUAUAGUCUUUUCUAGGAUGAUGUAAUAUCCAGAAGGACCAGGAACCAAAAGGUAAGUAGUAAAAACACUUUUUUUUCUUUUUGUGUUUAAAAUAUAAGCACAAUGCAUUUCGACCUAGUACAAGUCUUCCUCAAUGCAAUCUAAAUCAACAAUGAUGCAAAGGCUAUUUUAUACUCAAAACAAACAUACAUAAUUACAUACAGAUUAAAUAAUUACUCCUAAUGUCUAAAUAUUCUUUGGACCGGAUGUGUAUUGCCACCACUAACAUGGCGAUGCAUCAGUUUUCGGCCAUAAAGCAAGUUCCGGCUGCCACCUCCAAGAUGGCCGGACGUCAGAAGUAAUGACGUGGCUCGAUGUAAUAGGUAGUCUUUUAUGUUUGUCAACAUCAUGGUAGGCGGUCCGUAGUAUCCUCCAAUUAUGCUUUCCACUUCUCUUGGCCUCAGAGUAUACUGUGGCGUGCGCGUCCGGUAUAGAACUACAAACAUGACAGAUAAUCAUGUUCCCAUAAUGCCACUUCCGCCAUAUUUGCAGGCAGAUAGCGAAAGUUUAUAUACGUCCAUAGUCCACAUAAUCCACCAUAUGAGGCAUGGGCAAAGGAAAUAAAUAUUUAUAGUUAGUGGAGAGAAGGUAAAAGAAACAAUAAUAAUAUUAUACUAAAAGAGAGAAUAUUCAUACAUUUCUCACAGUAAAAAUAUCACAAAAAAUAAUAAACCAAAGUACUAACAAUAUAAGGUAGUAAAAAAUUGUAAAAAGUAGGAGAUUGGGGAAAAUGGCCCAAAAAAAUAAUAAAAUUUGACAAAAUUGAAUUUCGAAGACUAUAUUCAAACCUUUUGGAUUUAAUAUAUGAAGAACAAAAAUCCAUUUUACUUCUUGUCUGAGUUUGUCAGCAAUGUUUCCAGCCCUCCAAUGUGUAUUUACUUUUUAUAUAGCGUGAAACUCUAAAUCUUUUGGGUCUGACCUAUGUUUUUCCAGGAAGUGUUUUGACACCCUAUGAUUUAUAAAACCGUUUUUAAUAUUUGUUAUAUGUUCACUAAUUCUAACACUUAAAAUUCUAGAAGUUUUACCUGCAUACUGAUAGCUACAAUUUAAUAAAUAUAUAAAAAUAUUUGAGUGGCAAGUAAUGGGAGAUUUUAAUUUAUAACUUUUUAAAGUGCUAUUAGAUUUAAACAGUUUUAUAUUUCAAUUACUGAUAUGCAUAUUCUUACACGCAUUGCACAUGCCACAAGAAUAAAAACCUUUCUGGAUCUCAGCCAAGUUUGAUUUUUUUUUUUGUUUUUUUUAAUUUUUUUUAUUUAAAUUUUUUACUUUUUCUAUAAAACUUUGUUAAAAAUGUUUGUGCCCUCCUACAAAUACAUUUAGGUUUAGUUCCUAUGAAUUUCAAAAUAUCUUGCUCUUGGGUUAAAAUGUGGCAAUUUUUAUUAAUUAUCUUGUUAAGAUUUCCUAUGUGACUUGCAUAGUUAGUUGCAAAUGAAAGGAAUGUGUUCAUUAUUAUCCUUAUUUAUUGUUUUGUCUUUAUAUUGUUGUGACAAACUCCCCUUCCCACAUGAGUUUGCUACAAGCUCUUGGAGGAGCCUGCUUGCCAGCCUCCUGCCCACAGACUAUGGUCCCUGUAAUAUACACUGUGUAUUUGGACUAUAUGGUUCGGGAACUGAACAGCCGCACGAACCGGAGACCACCCUGGAGCUUGUUAAGCCUAAUUGCUACUUUGUAGCAAUUUCCACCGCAGUGUUCUAAGUGUUCGUCUGGGUGGCUGCAUUUCCUAUAGACAACACAAGGUGGCGGCCAUCUUGUUCGCAUGAACGCAGGCAGCGGUGUCUGGUCGUCGAGUUCAUGGAACUAAAAACUGACACAAACUCCCGAACACCGCUGGACUUCCAGAAUCACCUGUGUUCGGUUCUACCACACUUAAGAGGACACUGUUCGGUGGAAAUGUUCCCACGAACAAGGGAAACAAGCUCCAGGGUAAGAAUAUUGACUGUUCAAUAGUUUGGUUUUAAACUACCGAACUAGACUGACCGCUAGCCCUGAUCUUAUAGAACUGUUUUGGGAAGGAGCCUCGUGUGUGGUCGGUCAAAUUAGGACUUCCAGGAAAUUCCCGAAACCCUGAAUCGAUCUGGGUGCUUUUUUUUUUUUAUUUUUUUUUUUUUUUUUUUUUAUAUAUAUAUGUUGGUCACCCAGAUUGGGGCUAUCAGGGGGAUGUAACUUUUUAGGGUUUUUUUUUUUUUUUUAAAUGUAUUAAAGACUCCAUUAUCACUCCGGCACAAGGGAGGAGUUUGGGACUAGUCCCCUCUCAGGUCCAGGGAUGGAUUAUCUUUGUGUGGGAGUGUCAAGUGCAAACCAAGGGUUGUGAUUGAAGUGUGGUAAAGCUGUUGACUUCCUAUAAGACCUGACAAACUUCUGACCUGCUACUUAUUCUUUUACAGAGGGACAUCAGAUGUGCAUGAGUUUUAUUAGCUGUAUAGCAGGAGGAGUGUUUUUGGCAGCCUGUCUGUUGGACAUUGUUCCUGACUUCUUAAGUGACAUGAAGAAUGAACUUGAAAGACAACAGAUAACAGUAAGUGAUUUUAAUGCAUAAAAUUUGCCUUCUAAAUCAGAAUUUCUUAAAAUGACGCUACAUGCUGAAAUGUAAUUCAUGGUGUAUAUUGCAUUAAAAUUGGAAAAGAAAAUUAUGCAUAUAUAUAUAUAUAUAUAUAUAUAUAUAUAUAUUUGCUUCUACAGUUAUUUUUUCAAUGGACUAGAAAGUCUAUUUCAUUUAUAUUUUUUCCCCUUAAGUUUUCUAUAAUUUUAUUGUUCUGCCAAAUACAUACACUUACAGGUUACAUUUUUCUUCUGUGUACCAGACGGACUAUCCUCUUCCAGAAUUUGUCAUGUGCGGCGGAAUUCUCCUGGUUCUCAUUGUGGAACGUAUUGUCCUGGAGUGUAGCCAUGGGACGACUGAAGAGAACACGCCACUUAUUCAAGAUCACGGAAACUCUACUGAUGCAGAGCAGGGGCGUCAUCACUUCCACGUGGACUUCAAUGCUCAUUCCUCCUUCCGCUCUUUUAUCCUUAUCAUGUCCCUUUCUCUGCACUCUGUAUUUGAAGGAAUUGCCAUCGGACUCCAAAACGCCCAGUCAGAGGUUAUGCAGAUUGCUAUAGCUAUUCUAGUUCAUAAGAGCAUUAUUGCUGUUAGUCUGUCUCUGCUACUGAUGCAGAGCAAAGUUCGGACACAAUGGUUUGUGCUUUCCAUGGUAAUGUUUGCACUUAUGUCACCAAUUGGCAUCGCGAUUGGCAUUGGGGUGAUGCAAUCUCAGUCUGACGGGAGUGCCAUGGUGCAAUGUGUUCUGGAAGGACUUGCUGCUGGUACUUUUGUCUAUAUAACCUUUUUAGAGAUCCUGCCACACGAACUGAAUUCAAGCAAAUGGAGAUUACCUAAAGUCCUUUUUAUUCUGAUUGGGUUUUCUGCAAUGGCAGCACUAAGAUUUUUAGGGUGA